AUGGAUUCCAUGCAGCUCGAGCAGUUGGCUGCUGUUUUGGAGAGCUGCAGCAUCGAAGGACUCCAGGUUUUUUGGAGUGAGAAUGUCUUCCGUGGCACAAUUACAGUCAAUGGCGUUGAUGUGUCACUCGAACGUGCAACCGUGGAUGUCAGCGGUAGUUCGGAGUCGUCGAAUUUCGUCCACGAUGAUUCGGGCAACCUGGUGCAUUAUCACGGCGAAACGUUGGUGACUUCGGGCACUGUUGAUGCUCUCUACGCUGGGUUGGGUGGGCACGUGCCUGGCAUUACGGAGUUGGGUGCCAGUGUAGAUUUCAAGGUGGCCGCGCAAAACAAUUUCACCAGCGAUCAAAAAACACAUGACGUGUACCGGAGUGAAGGGAAAGUCGUUGACUCCACAACCGAGGUGCACACCAUUGACCAUUCCACCGAAGUGUUGGGUGCAAAGGUUGGAGGAACUACGGAGUCUGCUUUCACUUCAAAGACAGUAGAAACAGAACAAAGUGAAAGUUGGUUCCUUGCCCGCACAGACAGGAAAACUACGGAGGAGCACGUGCACACCAAGUCAGAGCAUGGUAUUAUCUCGGACGAGGUCACCAUCUUGAAGGAGGAGGUCAUUGUCUCAGAAGAGCUGCUUGAGGCUCAUCUGACGGCAGCUGGAUAUGGCUGCCUUGUCAUCGUUGUGAAGCCAGUGAUGACUGUCUUGAAAACGGUCCAGGCCAAAGGCAGCAUAACUCCCGAAGAGGUCCUGAAAAGCAUUGUACAAACGGCAGCAGGCGUGGGUACUCUUGCGCAUCUGACUCGGUGCUUCAGCACGCCCUCUAUCGGAAUGGCGGUCAUGGUGGUGGCUCAAAAUGCCGUCCCUCUUGUGCAAGGUGAGUAUGACUUGGUCCAGAAGAAUAUGGGUGUGAUGUUGAAGAGCAUCUUAGUGGUGCAAGGCACAAGCUGGACCACAAGAGCUUUGUUGAUGACCACGCCAAUGGCUCCCUGGUCCUCCAUUGUCAGUGCUGGUGCAGGAGUGGCUGCUGGCAGCAUGGUUGCUGACAUUGAUUUCUCGAAGUUGCACGCCGCAUUCUUGAGAGAGUGGUCGCGCCAUCGCAUUAAACUUCUCGAAUGA